CUAAUCAUGCGCGUCUGUGGAGAAUAGAAGCCUGCGUCAAGAUAAGCACUGUGCAGACUUGUGUAAGAGGCAAAGAAAAUCCAGCAUUCUAAGAUGGAGUCCAGCAAAGAGCCUCCUCUUCAGGGCACCUUUGAAUGUGAGCUCUGUGGAUUACGUGUCCCGUACAGCUACUAUGGGCAGAAACCUCCAAAUACCUACUCUGUUACCCUCCUGGAGGACAGCUAUGUCAUGAGAGAUCCGUUCACCCCUGAGAAGGACAAAUUCCUUAUCCUUGGAUCGGAGUGCAGUUUGUGUAGCAAGCGCGUGUGCGUUGGCACAGACUGCAGUCUUUUCUACGCAAAACGAUUCUGCCUCCCAUGUGCUAACUUGCACUUAGAGGAGUUUCCUUUGGAAAUAAAGCAAGAUCUGGAGAAAAGAAUCCGUUCCAAACCCCAGUCUUCGCGGAAAGGAGAUUCCAAGGACAGAAAGAAGAAGUAGGAUGUUUUUUAGCUCGCAAGAGAGCCUCACAAGAGGGAAGCCAAGGAUUGAAAAGGAACACCAGCUUCAUGUGUCCCCUUCACAGAAUUUUGAUUAUCGUCAAAAUC